CCCACUUUACCAAGCUGGAGAAAUUCUAAUCUUCCAAGGACUAGACCACAGCUUCUAUCGGUAUACCACACGGCGUUUUUGGCGCCGCUGACACCUUCAACAAAGUGUAAUGCGAGGCCUCUGAAUCGUAGUUUCGAUCCCAGAGGAACGGAACCAUCCUCGCGUGGCUCAGGCCGCCGAACGAUUCUAAACCACGGUUGCAAUCGCUCUUUUCAGGACUAGUGUGCGUGCGCGUGAACUCUCGAAGUUUCGCUCCGUCCUCCCCACCACGUUGAUAUAUCCUCACAAAACAUUCACGGCCAAAGGACAUUUCCGCAACGUGGGAAACCCGCAUUCAUUACAUUGACGUCAUCCGGCAUCUUCCAUGCCACUUACCGUCUUAGGAAGCUGUUGUGUCCUGCGUAUCUGCUGCCUGCUCUCCCAACCUGCCCAACUCGAACAGUAUCUCAACACCGGAACGCCUGAUUUUCCCUCAACGUAACCACUUCAAAUCGAUCAGUAUUCCCAUCGUUCCUAAAGACAUAUUUCGACAUCAUCUACAAGCUUCAUGAGCAACCUGCCAGUACGCAACCUGUAUCGCCCCGUCGUCUUCGUCGUUGUCGUAAUCCUCAUCCUCACGUCCUGGAACCGCAACGGCGCCCACCGAGACACCAUGGCCCAACAACGGAACCACCCCGCCGGCGCCGUGCUAUCCAACCUCGCCGUCCGCAUCCGUCAAGCCUCCACGUCCCCUCCCACGCUGGCGCUCUCGGUGACGAACAACCACGACGCCCCGCUCACCAUCCUCCGCUGGAAGACCCCGCUCGACCCGCUCGCUAUCCAGCUCGGAGUCCUCUCCAUCACGCCCGAGGGCAAGAGCGAGCCGCUCGAGUUGCCCACCGUCGAGCUGCGACGGAUCAUGCCGCCGCCGCCGCAGGACCUCGUCACCCUCCAGCCGGGCGAGCGCAGGGAGCAGGAGGUGGUCCUGAAGGAGCCCAUUGUGUCGCUCGACCAGCUCGGCAAGACGGCGCGCGUGGCGGUCAAGGGCAAGUGGCAGACUGUAUGGCCCACAACGGCGGACAAGCUUAGCCAAGAGACUCUCGAGAAGCUGCAAUUCGGCGACGGCGUCUUGACGGGUGAAUUCGAGAGCGAGGCGGUUGAUGUUACUAUUUCGUAAACAAGGGAGGGUCUGAGCCAAGCUAGACUCCGUCGCCUCGUCGCCUCAUUACACCAUUACACCAUUACACCAACAAACAUAUGCUCUCAAGCUUGA